GAUUUGGCCCGCUGGACAUGACCGUUUGCAUCCUGGGCUCCCCCACCGCCUUCCUGCCCGUCCUGCUGGAGGGUGGCACCCGCUGCCCAGGUGCCAUGGUGCUGUGCCUGUCACCCACCUGGGCCAGCCGGGUGCCGUCGGAGUCGUGUCCCGGUGCUUGGUCCCUGCUGCUCUCCCAGGGUGUCUCCUUCAAGGUGGGGGGUCACAGCGCCCUGGAGACCUUCGUGCCCCCCCGCCGUGCCAACUACGUGACGGGCACGUUCGCGCCGUGGGACCCCGAGGGCGGCUGGGCGGCUGAGCUGGCCCGUGACCUCGAUUGCCCCACCGGGGGCUCGGCCCCGCUCGCCCGCCGCCUCGAGGACCUGCUGGUCACCCGCUGGGUGCUGGCGGCUCGUGCCAACCUGCCUGUGCCCCCCACGCUGGCCUUUGUCCUGGGGGCUCGGGGGGACCUGCCCGCCGAGCUGGAGGUGCCCGGGGUGAGGCUGGUGCGGCUGCAGGACCCCCAGGGCCAGGACAGCCUGGUGCAGGAGGAGGUGGGCGCCUUCCUGGGGGGCACCGCCAUGGAGCCCUACAGCCAGGUGGUGGUGCGGCCGGCGGGGUGGCGGUGGCGGGGGACGGGCACCCACAGCACCCACCGGAAGGAGGAGGGGGCGUCGGUGGUGCAGGCGGUGGGUGCCCAGCUCCGGGGGCUGACGGAGGAGGACAGCGUCCUGUUGGAGGCCAUGGUGCCCACCGCCCGCCUGCCCGUGCCCCCCCCCACCCCAGCCCCGCGGCUGCCCGUGGCCCUGCGCAUCUGCACCCUGCUCUGCAGGUCCUGGGGGGACCGGCCCCAGCUCUGCCAGGUGGCCUGCGCCGUGGGACGCGCGGACAGCCCGGUGCGUCACGGGGCGGCGCUGCCCCAGGGCCUGGACUCCAGCCUGCAGCAGUGGGGAGUGGUGGCCCCCAGCCAGCGCCAGGCGCUGGCCACGCAGCUCCGGGAGGCCGCCGAGGCCGCCAUGGCCGCCCUCCUGGCCGCCGAGGCCGAGCUGAGCCCGCAGCAGCGCGGCGGCACCCGCGCCCGCACUGACAUCCUGGGUGUGGACUUCUUGCUGGCGUGCGUGGAUGACGCCCUGGAGCUGGUGGCCCUGGCCACCAACAGCCAGCGGUGCCUGGAGACCUGCGUGCUGGCCGAGGCCAUGGGGCGCGCCGUGGGGGAGCCCGCCGGGGACCUGCCCCGGCUGCUGGCCGAGGCCAUGCUGCACCGGGCGCAGUGUCACCUGGUGGAGGGCAAGGACAUCCUGCUCAUCGGGGCCGGCGGCGUCAGCAAGAGCUUCGUGUGGGAGGCGGCUCGCGACUACGGGCUGAGGAUCCACCUGGUGGAGUCGGACCCGGACCACUUCGCGGCGGGGCUGGUCCAGACCUUCCUGCCCUACGACAGCCGGGAGCACCGACGGGACGAGGAGCACGCGGAGCGGGUGCUGGAGCUGGUGCGCUCCCGGGGGCUGCGGCCCCACGCCUGCCUCUCCUACUGGGACGACUGCGUGGUGCUGGCGGCGCUGGUGUGCCAGGGCCUGGGGCUGCGCGGCUGCUCGCCCGCCGCCGUCCGCGUGGCCAAGCAGAAGAGCCGGACCCACCAGCACCUGCAGCGCUGCCGCCGCGGCCGCCCGCCGCCCGCCGCCUUCGCCGUGCCCUGCCGCCGGCUGCAGAGCCACGGCGACGUGGAGCGGGCGGCGGGCGCCGUGCCCUUCCCGGCCGUGGCCAAGCUGGAGUUCGGGGCCGGAGCCGUCGGGGUGCGGCUGGUGGAGGACGCCGGGCAGUGCCACGCGCACGCGGCGAGGCUGUGGCGGGACCUGCGGGACGACGCCGACCACCCGGGCAUCGGGCUGGGCUGGGGCAACGCCAUGCUGCUCAUGGAGUACGUGCCGGGCACCGAGCACGACGUGGACCUGGUGGUCUUCGACGGGCGGCUCGUGGGCGCCUGGGUGUCGGACAACGGCCCCACGCGCGUCCCCGCGUUCCUGGAGACGGCGGCCUGCCUGCCCUCCUGCCUGCCCGCCGACCGGCAGGCGCAGCUCGUGCGGGCGGCCCUGCAGUGCUGCCGGGCGUGCGGGCUGCGCGACGGCGUCUUCAACGUGGAGCUCAAGCUGGGGCCGGGGGGCCCGCGGCUGCUCGAGAUCAACCCCCGCAUGGGGGGCUUCUACCUGCGCGACUGGAUCCGGGAGGUCUACGGCCCCGACCUGCUGCUGGCGGCGGUGCUGGUGGCGCUGGGGGUGCCGCCGGUGCUGCCCGCCCGCCCCGCGCCCCGCGCCCACCUGGCCGGGGUGAUGUGCCUGGGCUCGGAGCACGGCGCGGCGCUGGCGGGCGGCGGCGGGAUGGAGGCGCUGCGGGAGCUGCAGGGCCGGGGGCUCGUCCGCCUCAACCGGCUCUUCGAGGAGGUGGCGGGGGACGGCGAGUACGAGGAGCCGCUGCUGAGCGUGGCGUGCGACGGGGCGACGCGGGCGGAGGCUUGCGUGCGCCUGCUGGGGCUGUGCCAGGCGCUGGGCAUCGACUCCCCGAGAUACCCCGUGGAGCAUUUCUUGUCCCACUUCAAAUAGCGCCGGGCAGGCAGC